AUGUCUAGCUUUGAUGUUUUUAAGGCUCAGGCCGAUGCUUUGGGUCUUGAGGGUGCUGAGCUUGGUCAGUAUGUUCUACAACAACAAGCUAUUGAGAGGGACCAGCGAGCUACCGAGAGAGAAGAGAAGCGGCUCCUAGCAGAGAGAGAAGAAAGAGCUGCUGAGAGAGACUUCCAACUUGCUAAGCUUCAAGCUGAGAAGGAGAUACAGCUCGCCCGCAGCACCGGUCAAGGAAAAGUGAGUACUUCUUCCUGUGAGAACGUCAGAGGACCGAAGUUGCCAACUUAUCAAGAGGGAGAUGAUAUAAGCAACUUCCUCGUGCGCUUUGAAAGGGUGGCUGAACUACUCCAGAUUGAUAAGGAUAGCUACGCUGCAAGACUUGGGUGUCUCCUCACGGGUAAGGCUACUGAACUGUAUACGUCGUUGUCUGCUGACAUAACUGAAGAUUACGCUCUUCUGAAGAAAGCUCUCCUCACUGGGUUCAGUAAGACCGCCGACAACUACCGUCUGGAGUUCCGCCAAGCCAGGAUUAGGGUUGGGGAAAAUUAUCAGCAGUUCUCUGUCCAUCUGACUCGACUGUUCCAGGCAUGGUCGGAGGCAUCUGAUGUCGCCCACACUUUUGAAGGUCUUAAAAAAUUCAUCCUGCUUGACCAGUUUUUGACUAAUCUUUCUCCAGAUUUGAGGGUUUUCAUCAAGGAGCGUCGGCCGACAGACCUUCCCGACGCAGUAAGGCUUGCCGACGACUGGUCAUCUGCCCGUCACGCCUACCCGAAAGCCUACUCUUCUAGUUCCCGAGGAACUUCUAAAGCUGCCUCUGGGGUAAGCCCUACAUCAUCUCAAGGUGACUCCAGCAAGUCCUCUGUCCAGUCCACCCCUAAGAAAAUUACGUGCCACCAGUGUGGAGAAGACGGCCAUAUUCGGCCGCGCUGCCCUAAGAAUCCCCGCGCCUUCAAGGAUUGGGAAGCGGGUAAGUCGACUCCUAAGGUUGGGUUUUGCCUUGGUGACAAGAGUGUCCCAAACUAUUCUGUCUCGGGCACCAUUAACGGAUCUUGGAGCUCGAACAUCAUCCGUGACACUGGCUGCUCGUGUGUGGUAGUCUCAGAAGAGGUGCUUCCAGACGUAGAUGUGGAGAGUUGUCCCAAGAUUUCCCUAGCUGACUACUUGGGAAGAGUAGACAAAUUCCCAGUUGUAAAGUGCUACGUGCGCUGCCCCUUCUACACUGGUUGGACUGAGGUGGUGAGAGCUCCUAUAAAGUUUGCUGGCGCUCUGAUAGGAAACAUCCCGGGAGUUAUGGAUCCCCAGGUCUCUAAUCCUUCUCCAGCUCCUCUUCCUGAUUCCAGCAGGGCAUCCUUGUCAUCAGAGCUGCAGCCGGAGGUUUCUACCAGUGCUUCGACUGUGUCUUCGGCUGACCAAGUACACGCUGUUACCACCCGUGCCGGAAGGAUGAAAAGACUGCAUCCUCUGGUACUUCCAGAACUUCAGCCUCUCUCCAUGACCCCUCAAGAGUUCAACCAACUGCAAGCCUCGUGUCCUUCCUUAACUGGGGUACGACAGAAAGCCUCUACGGGAGAAGUUGAGAAAGCCAGGAACGGGUCGUCCUUCCAGUACCUGUACGUCAAUGGGCUUCUACCGCAAGUGCUUCACUUCUCAGCUUCCAAAUAA